CCACUGGAAUGGCGGCCUACUACGAAAGCAGAUGGGGAAACACCCUUACAAAAAAUAGAAUUUUUGAUGAAACUAUCACUGAUGACAAGAAUGACGAUAUCCCAAGAAAAGUACAGGCUUACGAAGUUUUGAAUUAAAUUGAAACCUGUCAAAUAAGGAUUUAAAUUAUCCAAAAUGCGACGAAGUCAAGCACCAAGCCAAAGGAAUGCAAUUGUACCAAAGCGACAAAGUGAUGAACUGGAAUCACCUCGAACAGUCAAGGACAAACGCCACAAGAAGUCAAAAAUUGAGAUCAGCAGUGGAUACCAAUUUCAGUCCCCAUAUCGUCAGCCUUUAACUAAUAUAGCCAACAGCCCCUCUUUCCCUGAUGGAUCGUCACAUGAAGCCCUCAUCAAGAAUAUUCUUUCCAAACCUUUCAAAAUCCCCAUCCCUAAUUAUCAAGGCGCUUCAUCAUCCCGAGCCCUCGGUGUGCGGAGACAGGGAGCCAGGCAACCUCUACACGACCCUUAUGAGGAGGGUUCCCUCAUCCUCUAUACACCACCAGAGUUGUCUGCCCAUGACCAGCUCAAGGCUGACGUAGAGAAACAGCCCGUCCAUGUGGUGGUGGAUCCUCUGCUGUCCAAGGUGCUGAGGCCUCAUCAAAGGGAGGGAGUGAAGUUCAUGUAUGACUGCAUCACAGGCUGUCAAAUAGAAGGGAGUCAUGGCUGCAUCAUGGCAGAUGAAAUGGGCCUGGGGAAGACGCUGCAGUGUAUCACGCUCAUGUGGACAGCACUGAAACAAAGUCCGGACUGCUGCCCUCUGAUUGACAAGGCCAUGGUUGUGUGUCCCAGUAGUUUAGUGAAGAACUGGCACAAUGAAAUCAGCAAAUGGCUUGGAGGACGUGUGAAAGCUCUAGCAAUCGACAGUGGCACGAAAAGCGAAAUAGACAAAAAUCUAACUCACUACAUGUCACAGGAGGGGCGCAGAGUGAUGUUCCCCAUCCUCAUCAUCUCCUAUGAAACCUUCCGGCUACACGCCUAUGUGCUGCACAAGCGAUCGGUCGGGCUGGUGAUAUGUGAUGAGGGUCAUCGGCUGAAGAACUCGGAGAACCAGACGUACCAAGCCCUGAGUCAGCUGAAGGCAAAGCGACGUGUCCUGCUGUCCGGCACCCCCAUACAGAACGACCUGCUGGAGUACUUCAGUCUCGUCCACUUUGUAAACACUGGCAUCCUAGGCACAGCUUCCGAGUUCAAGCGUCGGUUUGAGAAUCCCAUCCUGCGUGGGAGAGAUGCAGGUUCCACCGACGAGGAGCACAAGAAGGGGCAGGAGAAGCUGCAGGAGCUUGCUGCCGUAGUGAACAAAUGCAUUAUCAGGAGAACACAAGCUCUUCUCACAAAGUACCUGCCAGUUAAAAUUGAGCUGGUGAUCUGCUGUAAACUCACCCCCCUGCAGUCGGCCCUGUACAAGCAGUUUGUGUCAUCCAAGGCGUCCGACUGUGAUGUGACGUCUAACGGCAAGAUUGCAGUCAGCAGCCUUUCCGCCAUCACUCAGCUGAAGAAACUCUGCAAUCACCCUGACUUGGUGUAUGAGAAGUGUGUGGAGGGAGCAGACGGCUUUGAGGGAGGCCUCGACUGUUUCCCCCAAGGUCAUGACCUGAAGAAGAUCAGGCCUGAAAUGUCAGGCAAGUUCGUGGUGCUGGACACCCUGCUGGCUGUGGUGAAGUCAACAAGCAAUGACAAGGUGGUGCUUGUGUCCAACUACACGCAGACACUCGACCUGUUUGAGAAGCUCUGCAGACAGAGGAACUACCAGCAUGUGAGACUGGAUGGAUCCAUGACUAUCAAGAAGAGAGCCAAGAUAGUGGAAAGAUUCAAUGAUCCCACUAGCCCAGAGUUCAUCUUCAUGCUGAGCAGUAAGGCAGGUGGGUGUGGCCUCAACUUGAUAGGAGCCAAUCGGCUGGUGAUGUUUGAUCCUGACUGGAAUCCAGCCAAUGACGACCAAGCUAUGGCCAGAUGCUGGCGUGACGGACAGAAGAAACAGUGUUUUAUAUACAGAUUUAUUGCAACUGGCACGAUAGAGGAGAAGAUCUUCCAGCGCCAGGCUCACAAGAAGGCCCUCAGCAGCUGUGUCGUGGACAACGAGGAGGAUGUGGAGAGACACUUUAGUCUCGAUGAGCUCAAAGAUCUCUUCAAACUUAACGAGACCACUAUCAGCGAUACACAUGAUAAGUUCAAGUGUCGGCGGUGUGUGAACAACAUCCAGGUGAAGCCCCCUGCCCCCGACACCGACUGCAACUCCGACUUGUCUCAGUGGAACCACUGCGCUGAUAAGAAGGGGCUGCCAGACAUGGCCCUCAAGGCAGCAUGGGACUCCGCGAUCUCCUUCGCUUUCCACCACUAUUCCCAUGAGGCUCAGCGCGAGACGGUCUAACAUUCAGCUGAACACUCUCCUGUGCACAACAACUGUUGACCAUUCUGUGGAAUAUACUGUAUGCUCAGAUGGUGUCAACGAUUGAUGCAAUCCAAUACUGUGGACCCUCCUGUGGAAUAUACUGUAUGCACAGGUUGUGUCAUUGAUUGGCUCACUCCAAUACUGUGGACCAUGUUAUGGAAUAUACUGUAUGCACAGGUUGUGUCAUUGAUUGGCUCACUCCAAUACUGUGGACCAUGUUAUGGAAUAUACUGUAUGCACAGGUUGUGUCAUUGAUUGGCUCACUCCAAUACUGUGGACCAUGUUAUGGAAUAUACUGUAUGCACAGGUUGUGUCAUUGAUUGGCUCACUCCAAUACUGUGGACCCUCCUGUGGAAUAUACUGUAUGCUCAGAUUGUGUCAUUGAUUGACGCAGUCCAAUACUGUGGACCCUGCUGUAUAAUAUCCUGUAUGCUCAAAUGCAUACAAAGCAGAGCAGAUGGUGUCAACAAUUGACUCACUUAAAUACUGUGGACCUGGCUAUGUAAUAUCCUGUGUGUUUAGAUGCUUGCAGAGCAGAGAAGUUUUCUGGUGCUGAAUAUGUGCACAGGUCUACAUUUAUAGUCUCUGUUCAAAUAGGAGUGAAGUUGAUCAUUCUGGUGCCUUUGUCAGUGUGGAUUGGAAGAUCACAGUUGUUCUGAGGAAUUUUAAAAUGUGUAUGAUGCAGACAACAGUCUCUAGCAAGUUUUCCUACUCUUGUGUAAUUGCAAUGUGUAGAAAGUGGUGAAGGGGCUUGAGACAAAUAUGUACAAUCUGUGCUGUAAUCUUUUUCUUUCUUUGUUUUAGCUACCCCUUGUGUCGGUGAUUGACAGUGAAUUGUAUUUCUGUACCUAAACAUGAUUGAUUAGUUAAGUUUACUGGCCAAACAGUUCCGAGUCAGGAGCAGUGGCUAGAGGUUGAAGUCAGAGGCCGGUACGCUUGUGUGAUCUUACUGUACACUACCCAACUCACUAGUGCUCAUGACCGCCUCCGUUGUCUAGUGCAUUGUGCGUCUGCCCGGAGAGCAGAAGGUCAGUGGUUUGAUCCCUGGCCAUGUCAUACCAAAAGACAUUAACAGAUGGUACUUGUUGAUACCCUGCUUGGCAUAAGGUAAUAAAAUGCCUGUUCGCUAUACUGUGUCUGAGUGGGGUAGCCAUGUUAAACUGCGGCAUGGUAUCUCAGUGGGCUAGCACUCUAAAACACGCGUACUUUCAGAGUAGUACAAGCAGACACCCACGCACGCACGCACGCACGCGCACGCACACACACACACACACGUGUCACUGUAUAAUUGCAAUAUCUUGAAAGCCAUGUAAUACAUUUCACCUCACGACUAGUGCUAAAAGAGGAUGUUUCAUGAAUUCUCCAUGUUGUGUCAUGCUGGUACAUGAAGACACUUUUACAAGACCAUGUGAUACAUAUUUAUCUAACAUUGUCAAAAGCAUGUGCAUUUCUCCCAACAAUGUGUUCAUGGAAGUAUUUUCAUAUUUAUUCUGACACAGGACAGGUUUGCCCCCAGUCAACGUGAAUGUGUUUUUAUGUCAUGGGAGGCACAUGUAAUGUGAUUGAAGGAUGUGGAUGAACUGUUUUCAUCUUUCCAAUGUAAACAACAAAAUCCUUGAAUAUGAUGGAUCUAUGCCAGAGCUGGUCAGGCAGGAUCUCUCCCCCAUUCUGCCUGUUUGUGUCAGUUCUGCUGUGAAUCUGUCACUGUCAGUGGAAAUGAAGAAGUUACCAGCA